ACAACCCGAAUGGAGUAGCUCCGGAAUAAUGUCAACCACGAGAUAAGGCCAUCAAGACAUGACUCCGUGUUCUCCGCUCUCAGUACCAACGUCAGCUCUCACAACGCACACAAACCCGACUUCCAUGGCCACCACAACCGCGCCUCUCUCCCUCUGCCGUCUUCUCCCUCGUCACUCUACUCCCCGUCGCCACCUCCACCGUGUCUCCGAGUUACCCAUUUCAGCUAAGAGUCGUCUGGGAUCGAGAAUUAGAGCCACGGGCGCUGACUUCCUGGGUGAUUUUGGUGCGAGGGACCCCUUCCCGGCGGAGAUAGAGAGUGGCUUUGGAGAGAAAGUAUUGGGCAGUGGUGAUACUGAGCACAAGAUUCUCAUCCCUAAUGCUUCUGCCCUGUCUCUGGCAGAGCAACAAUGCUCUCCGGUUUCUCUUCUGCAGGCUCCUAUGCCAGUGGAUGAUGCUAAGGCGCUGCUAAAGAAGGUUGUUGGCUGGAGGCUUUUGGAGGAAGAAGAUGGACUGAAACUACAAUGCUUGUGGAAGGUGAGAGAUUUCCAAUGCGGGAUUGAGCUCAUCAACAGGAUUUUUAAGGUUAUAGAAUCCACUGGCCACUUCCCAAAUCUACACUUGGAACAGCCAAAUCAAGUUAGAGCUGAAUUGUGGACUUCUUCGAUAGGAGGCUUGAGUAUGAACGAUUUCAUUGUAGCUGCCAAGAUAGACCAAAUAAAAACAUCAGAUCUUGCUCCGCGGAAAAGAGUUUGGGCAUAAUUCAAGAAUAUAUAUAAUUGUCUCUUAAAGAAACCCUGAAGCAUCUUCGCUGCUAAAUUCUUGGAGGGCUUAUAUUGCUCUAAUUCAUGAGAGAUUCAACAGUCUUUCUUCCUCCUUUAAUUUGGUCCUUAAGUUUGUGGAUAUGGAUAUAUUCUUUUUUACUGAUUUUGUAUCCCAAAUAUGAGAUAAAUUCUUCACUCUUUUAUUGACAAUUGAAGUUUCUUUACCAGAAUACUUACUUGGG